ACAGGAGAAAACAGAGAAAAUUUAGAUAAGAAACCUCCGGUGCCAACGCGAGAAAAAUCAGACACAGCCAUCAAAGAGGAAAAUAGUGCGCCCACUAAUUCGCAGCCUGCACGAGCCACAUAUCAAACUGAAAUGAUAGACACAAAACCAAAUGUCACGCAAAUCUAUUCUCGAGAUAAUCCUGGUAGUUUAACUCCUACGGUGCAACCACGAACACAACAAAAGAGAAAAUUUCGCAGUCAAACAAGAAAUUAAUUCAGUCAAUUCUCAGCCAGUCCUACAAGUGUCAACCACAAUUUAUCAUGAGUCAUUGACCCAAGAAACAUUAAGAGAACUAAUAAACUUGCAAGCGAAACAAGCAGAAUUAAGUUUGCUACUGGUAGAACAGCAAAAAAGAAACGGCUGGCCAGCUAAAGAACCAUCUGUCUUUUCGGAAAAUACUUUCGUCUACCCGCCAUUUACAACUGCCUUUGACUCGAUAUGUCUGGAAACGUCCACUUGA